GUAGCCAUCCGUGACAGCAGCUUGCUUAAUGUUUACAAAUGGAGGAGGUAGUGGUGUGACUAUGGAGUUAAUGAUGAUCGUAAACCGAGUGGAUUUGUUAUUCUCAUGGUAUGGCUUUAAUUAGGUAGGAAGGAAGUGUUCAGAAAUGUAGAACGGCACGUAAGAUUUCCGUGAGUGUUCGAAGCAGGAAAUUAUGCGUUGGUGGUACCGGCUGAACAGUUGAGUUUCGAAGUCGCCCAGAAUCGAUUAUGAACCUCUCAAAAAUUCGCACGAGAUCAAAUAUACUGGACAAGCCACUUAGUCGAGGGAAAGGUGAAGUUAGUCUUAGCUGUUAUGCUUUCCUAUUCUCAGAAAUUGUCCAGUACUGCCAUAACAGAGUGCACACCAUUCCAGAACUACAGGGCAGACUUACUGAAAUGGGAAAGCAUGUUGGUAUUAGACUCGUAGACCUUUUCUUUGUCCGUGAAAGAGACUGCAGACGUGAAGUCAAAGUAUUAACUAUUAUUUUAUUGAUGAAGUCAACAUUUUGGUUGUCUCUGUUUGGAAGGGAAGCAGAUAAAGUGGAGCAUGCUACCGAUGAUGAUACAGUGUACUUCAUAACUGAGAAAGAACCACUUGUAAAUAAGUUUAUAUCCAUUCCAAAAGACAAAGGAAGUUUGAAUUGUGCAGUUUUUAUUGCUGGCAUCAUUGAAGGUUUUCUUACUGGAUGUGGAUUUCCAGCAAAGGUGACUACGCACUGGCACAAUGGCACAACGUACAUGAUUCAGUUUGAAGAGUCCGUCAUUGCCAGGGACAAGCAGCUAGAAGAGAAUUAAUUUUCGGUGGGAUCCUGAAGUUAACUGGAAGUUUGUUUUGAAAAGAAUUAAAUCAAAAAGUCUUCUGUGAUUACAUUUGUCUUGUUGCAAUGAAUAAAGGAUUCAAAUAAUACAUUUAAUGAUUAAUAUUUCUGUUCUCAAGUAGCAGAAGACAGGGCAUGUGGGAGACUUAGAAAUGUUUCUUAUUUAUCAAGACUGAGAAUAUCUGUGAUGUUAAAAUGAAAAUGUAUUUUGUAUCAGAAUAAAAUAAGUAGUGGAAGAAA